GAGGAGGAAAUAAUCACAAUGUUACCUUCUCAUGAAUUAUUAAGUACCCUGUGCCUAUUUCAGUCCGACUGAAAAUGCUGCAUUUUCAUCUGUGGGUCUGAGGCAGUGUGCAAGGGUGUUUUUUUUUAUUUGACAGCUGUAUUACUGCUGAUAAGCGAGACUGUGAGCUGAUCAAGUAGUGAGACAAGCGUUCAGAGCAGUAGCAGCACAGCAGCAGCAGCACUCUAGUCACUAGGAGCCUGGCGGCAGAAGCAGCGGCAGCACUAUCAGUCACAGCAGAGGCAGCAACGGCAGCAGCAGCAGCAACAAACUCUCUCCUGUCUUUUUCUCUUCUUUCUGGAGUUGUUUCCUGCGUAGAGGACAAAAAGCCAAGGAAGUAGGAGGGAAGUGAUCCAGGGCUGAUAGCUGCCAUCAAAAACAAAAACAAAACGCAGACCUGGCUGCCCCCAUGCCUAUCGAAUUUGUUUGCAAAAUCAAAUUUGCAGAGGAGGAUGAGAAGCAAAAAAUCAAGCAGGAUGGGGACAAGGAGAGCCUGAUCGAGGAGAGCUGCACACCUCCGGUUAAGGACUUGGCCAGGUUUGCUAACUCCUGCUCUCUUCAUGGGAUUAACCACAUCUUUGUCUCUGGCCGCCUGGGCAUCCGGCAGACUCUCUGGGCUCUUGCCUUUUUGACUUCACUGGUGCUGUUUCUAUACCAAGCGGCUAAGUGUGCUAUCUCUUACCUGGAGCACCCUCAUGUCACAGCUCUGAAUGAAGAGGCGACCCCAGAGAUGGUUUUCCCUGCUGUGACCAUCUGCAACAUCAACCGCUUUCGCUUCUCCGCGCUCACCGAUGCCGACAUCUACCACCUGGCUAACUUAACAGGUCUGCCCCCCAAAAACAAGGAUGGGCACAAACCUACUGAUUUGAUGUAUCCUGCCCCUGACAUGCAGGACAUCUUCAACAGGACAGGACAUCAGUUAGAAGAGAUGCUCAUGAGCUGCAAUUUCAGUGGACAGAACUGUUCAGUCGAGGACUUCUCUGUGGUUUACACCAGAUAUGGGAAAUGCUACACUUUUAAUGGCAACAAGACGACAUCCAGGAAAAGCAAACAGGGCGGAAUGGGAAAUGGACUGGAGAUCAUGUUGGAUAUCCAGCAGGAUGAGUAUCUGCCCAUCUGGAGAGAGACAAAUGAGACGUCCCUGGAGGCCGGCAUCCGAGUUCAGAUCCACAGUCAGGACGAGCCUCCCUAUAUCCACCAGCUGGGCUUCGGCGUCUCUCCGGGUUUCCAGACCUUUGUUUCAUGUCAGGAGCAGAGGCUGACCUACCUGCCCCAGCCCUGGGGGAACUGCCGCUCCACCAGCAAAGAGAAAUUCCCGGGGUACGACACAUACAGCAUCAGUGCCUGUCGUUUGCUCUGCGAGACCAACGAGGUCCUGCGAGUGUGCAGCUGCAGGAUGGUGCACAUGCCCGGAACUGCGGAUAUCUGCCCUCCCAGUAAAAUCAACUGUGUUGACAAAGCACUCGCACAGCUACAAAAGAACAGUAGGGAUACCUGUCCAUGCGAGACGCCCUGUAAUCUCACCCGCUACGGUAAAGAGCUCUCCAUGGUCAAAAUCCCCAGCAAGGGCUCUGCUCGCUAUCUCUCCAGGAAAUAUGACAAGUCAGAGGACUACAUCAGAGACAACUUUCUGGUCUUAGAUAUCUUCUUUGAAGCUCUGAACUAUGAAACAAUUGAGCAAAAGAAAGCCUACGAUGUCGCAGGUUUAUUAGGUGACAUUGGUGGACAGAUGGGCUUAUUCAUUGGAGCCAGCAUCCUCACAGUCUUAGAAAUACUGGAUUAUAUCUAUGAGGUGAUCAAGCACCGACUAAAACGUCUGCUGAGGCCGCAGAAAGAGGAGAAGAAGAACAAGCAGCAGACCAGCACUGUUGCAACAGUGGGUCUUGAGGAAUUGAAAGCAAAGCAGGAGCCCAAUGACGUGACACGGAGUCAUCCAGAGGGGGCGUACGCCAACACCAUCCUCCCCAACCACCACCACCCUCUCCCACACCCUCAACGCCAUCACGCCGGGCACCUAGGGGUAUUUGAGGACUUCGCUUGCUAGAGCUAACCACCGCUUCCCAUCCUGGUGACACCAAAAGAUAAAAGCCGUCUGUGUUCAGAUCAAUAACAGACCCUUGGCAUUUCCGUCGCUCCUUUGCUGUCACCAGUGAAAAGCUACAGCCAAAGUCGAACACCAAACUUGUGCUGCUAACAAAGCACUUGUACGUACAGUAUGUAGGCACAAAUUGGACACCGCUUCUUUUUUUUUUCUCUCUGGAUGGGACCCCCCUCAACUUUGUCCAGCUUCAUUUGUAAGAAGUCAGGCACUUUGUGUUUUCAGGACUAAUUUUUGGUACAUGAUCACUACAAGGGAACAAGUGGAGAACCGCAUGUCACCUUGAUCCAGUUUAUACCCUAAUGAUUUAUUUAUUCAGCUAGCAUCUCUGCUCUUUUUGUCUGUAUCUCUCCAUGUAUCUCUCCUCCAACUAUUCCUCUUACUUCAAGGAAAACACUGUACCAUAUGAAGCCAUUGCACAUUCUAAAUUAUGUAAUUAUUUAAAGAGAUACUAUUAUCUAUAUAUGUUCUAUAUUGUCUACAAGAUGAGAAUACUUACAGUAAGCAAAUCUUACUCGUGUUACAUCCAUCCAAAAUAUGAGGGGAAUUAUUUAGGCUGAACUGUAUGACUGUAAGAUCUAGCAGCAUCUUUCCACAUGAUACACUUUGUCUGGUUUGUGGUUAAGGUGUUAGAGAGUAGCAAUGUACUUGUACAUAAAGUCCAACUUUAAAAUGAGAACGUUCUAAAGUUCUGUUUCAAUGGCUGUUGUUUAUAUUCUUUUAAUAUAUAACUGAUGUAAUAUUAUUUUAGUUAUUUAUACAUUUUAGAAAAUACUUUUUUAUGACAAUAGCGGUCACGAUUGUAGCAAUUACUGUACACUUAAAAUCUGCAGAUAUAUUAGACUGCCAAACAUCAAUACAGUGGACUGUAUGGAUCGUGACUAUUAUCUCCAUCGUUUCCUUUUACAUGUUGCUGUGCUGUUACAAAGACACACAAAUACUUGAUGAGGCUUGGAUGAUGUUUUCAGUUGUUGGUUGUACUUACAUUUUUCUUCUUAUUAAUUCAUUUCUGCCCACCAUCCACUCUUCACUUUGGUUAGCAUCAAAACCUUAAGCUGACAUAAGCAAUAAGAAACAGAAUUUUACUUUUGCAGAGUCAUCUUCUUCAGCUUGUGGGCCAGUACCACUGUAAAAGUGUAGCAGCUAUUUACAGUGUCAACCUGGCAUCAAUGUGUGUGUGUGGGUGUUUGUUUGUUUGCAUGUGAACUUUAACAUUUUGCAAACAUGACUGAGCACAUUAGGCUGAUGCAGCUCGGCUGAGCUGAUCCAUGAAAAAAAAGGAAUGUUUGAAAAGUGGAAUAGUUAGCAAGAAAGCAAGGCAUUUUAUUGCAGGAGUAAGGUUUUUAUCUAAUAAAUGUCGAGUUAGGACAGCUCAGAGUUUAAUCUAAAAAUUGCUCUGGAGGCUGAAGUAUUCUUACUGGGUAACUUAAUCCUCACCUGGCGGGACAAAGACACAAUAGUUUUGAAGAGCACAAGUUAGCAAAGUGGAAAUGAAAAAUAAAAACUCUUACAUUCAUUCAUUUAUAAUCAUGUUUGUCAUUAUCAUGGAAAGUCGGCUUGCUGACUUGCCCUUAUGCACUGCAGCAACUUAACCACCUGUAACCUCUGCACUUCUCAUCAUCUGAUCUAUUAUGAACUUGUGACGCUUUGGUGCCAAGUUGUUCCUUGCGUAAUUUACAAUUUGAGACACUUUGGAUUUACACUGUUAAAAAGGCAACAGUGGUACCAACUAUACUAUGUCAUAUAAGAAGAUAUAAUGUGAUAUAAGUGGGACAGACAACAAUGGAAGUAGUGCAGAUAUUGAUUUUCUUGCACAUUUAUGCUAGCUCCAGGGCACUACUGCUGUCGGUAGUGGGAUCCAGCUCUUUGUAGUUUUUCAGCUGUUUGGUUUUUUUACUCUAUUCCCUGCACUGUUUGACCGUGUGUCAUUGCAUGAUGCUGAGAAAUCUUCUUGUCUUCUUGUUUUUAAUGGUUCUCUCACCAAGACGUCUUUGUUGCCUAACAACUGUCAGGCAAACAAUAUAGGUUGUCAUUGUCUAUGAAGCGAGUGGUGGAAACUAAAGCAGAACCUGACGAUGGCUACACGUUAAGUUCCAGCAGUGGAAAACGGCUUUGAAUAAUCUAAAUAACUACAGGCUAGUACUGAAUUUCUAAAGAGUUGAUAUAAAAUAGAUAAACUAGGUAAUCUAGACAAUUAGUAGAAAGAUUUAACUGGGCCUCAUAAUUUAUUUUCAUCUUUUCUUACCCUUUUGCCCUCAUCACUGGGCUUCAAUAUAAUGUUACUUACAGUACAGGCACACUUGCAUCAUCUUUUGCAAAUAUUUGUUCAGCUUCGUAUUCAUCUUUAUUGAAAGAAGCAUUCAGGAAUGUGCUUUCAGAAAUGAUGCAAUGCCAGAGAUGCGGUCUUUUUUUUAAUUAACUCUCACCCACAAAAUAUCACACACUGCUUUAAUAGUGCGUCAUUUCUCAUGUUGCCCCAUCAUCCAUUUAUAUAUUUCCCAAUGCCAGGGUACAAGAAAGUGAUUCACAUUCAGGACUACAUGUGCUAAAUCACCAGACAAUUGUUUUUUUUGUCUUCAUGGAGAUAUUGAUCAUGUUUUCCUCAUAGCAUGCUAGCAACUUAUCUGCUAUCAGGCAUCAGUUCCGGCUUUAAAACUGUGACAUUACAUCCUGUUUUAUUGGUAAUUUUUGUUGGACUAAAAAACUUUUUAAAGUGUAACCCCUAACCUGCACAAAAUCAAGCCUGCUUAAAGUGCCCUACAUUUUGACAGACUUUUGACAAUCCACUCUGUAUAUAAUUCAUAACAGAAAUGUAUGAAAUACUUCACAUAACAGGAUAUCAUGUUCACAAAUGACGACAUAAUUUUUCUGUUAAUUUGAUCGGUGCAUUCUGUUGCUGCAACAUUCAUCACUUUAGCUCACAAUGAGAUUCCACAGGCCUCCAUCUGUCACAUCUCCUCCUCCUGUCAAGUAAUCAUGGGCUAUACAUGGCUGUUUAAUAUUCAUAAUCAUGUGUCACUUUGACAUUUUCAAAAGGUUCCCAAUCACAGUCUCUGAUGGCAUCCUGUACAGACUAUGCAUAACAAUAUUCUCCUCUGUCAUCAAUAAUUGUAGCCAUCCUCAGACAAGUCACACAGGGGCUGGUGUGUUGAGAUGAAUACUGGGCUGCAUUAUCACUGUAGAGUUGUGUUUGAAUGGUAGACCCUGGAGUCGAUGUAGAAAGGUUUUCUAUUCUCGAGAUGCUGUGCAAUGUAAAACACAACCCGAUUAAUUCUGUAUACAAAAGCAUUUUAAAACAGAUUAAAAAAAGAGUUGAUUUUACAACAGCAUGCCGCCUGUGUGAGGUGCCACAGCGGUGGGCGGCAGGUCUGUACUGUAGCAGAUGGAACAACUUCCCUGCCUGAUAACAUGUAGCUCACAUUCCUAGGAUUCCUCAAGCCUCUACUCUGAGCUCCCUUGUUGCACAGCUCUUUGAGCCGACCUUUUUAUAGCUCCAUGACAUUCAGUCACAUGUGCUGUAUGUGGUUAUUACAUUAUCCGUAAAAAUCAAUUUAAUCCGACCAGCCACCAAUGUUAAGUUUUGAAGAUCUGCUGUUAUGUCCUUUUUUCUUUUUUUUCCAGCCGCUUAUUUUUUUUAGCUAAAGUCUGAAAGGGUCAUCUGAGAAGAGAAAAAAUGAGCGCGGGGUGACACAUACAGCUGUCAGGAGUUCCUAAGAAGGAUUUCCAUCCCAUACCUGACAGACAAGGAAAUGGACCAUCACUGCAGUAACAAGAAACGCUUACAUUUUGUACAGAUGUGUCAUGUUGUGAUUAUUUCCUCUGUUAGAACACAUUUUAUAAAUGUUAAAUAUGGUAAAUACGAUAACUAUUAAAGUUUAGAUUGGUAAAACCAGUGCCUCCUAAAUCCAGA